UGCUCCGGCACUGACCUAGAGGCUCCCUCCUAUAAAUAGGCGAACGUCCCUGCGGUCGCCUCAGUGCCCCGCCAGCAUGCAUGGGAUCAGCGUCACCGCCUCCGUGUCGGAGCAGGACCGCCACCUCACCGACAUCUCCACCAUCAUCUUCGGCAACGGCAGGCUCUACAGCGGCGGAGACGAUGGCAAGGUCAAGGUGUGGAAGCCGGACCUGAGCCUGGAGCGCGAGUUCCAGGCGCACCCCAGCGUGGUGUACCACCUGGCGCUGUGCGGCGACUCGCUCUACUCCUGCUCCAACGACGGCACCGUCCGCGCCUGGGACCCCAACACGGGCGACAGCCGCGGCACGCUGCUCGAGUACGACGACGAGGUGUGGCGCUUCUGCGUCGACAACGGACACCUCUACUCUGGCGACAACAAGGGCAUGAUCUGCUCGUGGGAGAAGGACAAGCAGAGCCAGCUGUACAACCUGGUGGAGGAGGUGCGCGACCUCAUCGUCAAGGGACAGCUCAUCUACACGGUGCGUGACCGCGACGUCGUAGUGACCGAACUCGCCGGAGACAAGGGCCGCUACGUUACAAGAGCAACGAUGGAGGGCAGCAGUCCCAUGGUGAUGGCGGGAGACAAGCUGUGCUUCGCCUCCCGGACGGGCACCGACAUCUGCGUCCACGAGAACAGCAAGGAAUCGCGCUUCAAGCAGCUUCAGCAGUUCAAGGCGCACGACAUGAUCCUGAACGCUCUGGCGGCGGUCGGCGACUCGGCGCUGUUCAGCGGCAGCUGGGACAAGACGGUGAAGCGCUGGGACCUAGGCACGUUCGAGUGCACCGGCACCUGCGACGUCGGCGUCUGCGUCAGCUCGCUGGCCGUCGGCGACCAGGGACAGGUCUACGCCGCCGGCUCCAACGGACACAUCUGCCGCAUCGACAGCAAGUAGGCCGGCGUCCGCGCCGCCCGGCUAUCGCCUCGCGGUUCAGCAUCCACCGCGUUACUGUGUCGACAACAGCUGCUCCCGGUCCACAUGGGUUCUAUCCCGUGCCACCGGCGGACGAUGCAGUAUCGUAGUAUUUAAGCAACUUUCAUAUAAUAAAAAUGACUCCAGGAACGGUUACUACUACCUGAGCAAGUAACAAGCAAGACUUUUGUAAAAGCGAUGUCGUAAUCUUGCAGAAAAGAAGCCGUUUCGCGUAUUUUAUCAGUCUAUCAUUACCAUCGAAGCACACAACGAACUGCAAGUUGUCUCAAGUAACGAUGUUCUUGAAUGUGACAGUAAUUUAGAAAGCUCAGAUUUCUUCUCAUUUGCAAACAGUAAUAUUUUUAUGGAGUAGUUAAUUUUAUGAAUAUAUGUAUUACUGUAGACAUAUUGCAAACUAGCUAUUGCUAGUUUUCGGCACCACUUAGUUAUACUUAAUGUAACACUAGUACAUUUAAGCCACAAUUAGCUGAUAUUUCACAGAACUCUGAUAUAUUAUUCUGCCUUAAAAGUUAGUGAAUGAUUUAUUUCUGACACAAUGUUUAACUGAAAUUCUGUUUGUUCGUAAUCUUCUGAAAGUAGUUUUCGAGUCCAUUUCUAGCGACUGAUGUUUGCAAUGCACCCAUGUAACAAGUCUUUAGCCACAACGUAUACCCUGUUGUCAAUUUUUCACUCAUUGCUCCAUAUGCAGUUGAAUCGCGACCCUUUCUUUCUCAUCAUAACUGACAAUUUUUGACGAAAACAAUCAAGUGUCAUGUCUGUUAAAACAUAAAAUUUUCUAAGCACUCCAGCACAAGAGCCUAUCUAGCUCUGGUUGUUCUCAGGACGCAUGAGCUUUAACCGCGAUAAGGAGAACACUGUCCACAACAAAUUUAAUAAAUCGACGUAGUACUGGUUUGUUUAGCCACAGAGACAUAUAUUGGACUUCUGAGCUCAAACUGGUUCCUGUUUCAGCAGCUGAGAAACACGUAAAGUAACGUAGAAUAGGUAUUUCUAAAAGCAUGUGCUGAGACGUCUUCACAUUAAAGUUUUCUUAUUUCACCGUAAUAUUUGUAAUGUAACGAACAACAUAUGAUUAUGUCAUAUUUAAAGUAACUGUUAUAGAAAGUAAAACAUGAAAUAAUCUGUUGCAGUAAGACUUAAACGUAUCUUAUCAGUGUUAUUUACACGGAAAAUAUGUAACUAAUUCCCCACUGCAUGCGUCCUAUCGGUAUAAAAUGUGUUCAAUUAAGAUUAGAUAAUACACUUCUAGUACAAAAGUAGUAGGGAAAUACUUAGGGAUCAAAACUGAAAUCUUAACGUCUUAUAUUUAAAUGUACCAAUUUUAUCCAUAUUUAUUCUUUUUGCAUUAUUCACCCAGAUAAUUUAGAUUUAAGUUUAUCCUUAUAAUUACUAACGUAGUUCGGUUACUGUGAGUGUAACUAUUCCAAACCUUUCUAUUUGGCAAUAACUAAAAAUGUAAAACUUGACAACGAGCUUUGUACUUCACAUAGUUACUAUUAUGUUUUCUGUACUGAAAUGUCAGUACCAUUUUACUAUUCCUAAAAUGAUUGUAAAACAUUUAAACUGGCUGAGAAUAAAUUAUAAAAGUAGAA